GGAAGUAGAGAAAAUACAAACAUGGCUGCCUUACUGAGGAACACAUUAUCCCUUUGUCAAAAAUGUUCCUUCUUCAACUUACCACUACAGACUGUAAUGAUCUCAAGUCGUCAGAAUUCCAAUAGAACAUCUGUAUGUCGUGUGAAGAGAUCUAUCUUUAGACAAAUGUAUCCUACCACUUUAGUAUUACCAGAUGGAGCAACAAUUAAUAUCAGAUAUCAUGAACCUAGAAGAAUAAUAAAGUUGCCAUUAGAUCUGGAAACAUUGUCUGAAGAAGAAAAGAAAAAGAGACUGAAAAGAAGGACAAAGAUAAGGAAAAUAGAAGUGAAAGAUGAUGGGAAUGAAGAUGACUUUAGUAUGAACAAAUAUCAGUAUUUAUGGAAAAAUAAGAAAAAAUAAAAUUAUUUACUAUA